UGUGGAAAGAUCGAAGGUCCGGCACCCGGUAACGGCUGGGCCGAGCUGUUCAAGCUGUUAAGAAUAUUGUCAGAAUCGUUUCCAAAUUUCUCCAGUCAGAAAUUCCAGAAUUGCCAUCCCAACAGAGUGAUAGGGCGUUACAUUCCUAGAAGGCGGGCGACAAAGGAAAUUCGCAGCAUGGGAACAAUGGCGGUGAAGGAUACUCUGCUAAUGGACGACAGAGGAGAAGAGAUAUUUGUUUACUGCAUAACUCAGGCCAGGAUCGGACCCGAACGAGGAAAAGCGAUGUAUUUACACGCGGGCUUUGGCGACGAGAGACAAGGGGAAGCGACGACUGGCGGAAGGUGCCGAAGCUGCAUAAAGCAAGUUACUGCCUCUACAACGCUUCAUAGCUGGAAAACACUACGGCCCAAAUCCAUGAAGCAGAAGCAACAGCAGAAGAAGAAUAAAAGAAGAAGUAGAAAAGAAGAAGAAGAAAAGAAGAAGAAGAAAAGAAGAAGAAAAGAAGAAGAA